AUGGGCGAACAACUUGAUUCACUAAUUGCUGAAGAAUAUCCUUAUCUAAAUGGAAAAGGAUACUUCGAUUACGAUAGAGCUGCCCCUAUUUCGCAUUCUCAAAUUGAAAAAAUCAAAGCUGUUGCAAUGAAAAUUCAGCCAUCUCCACAUAGCUCUGAAGAACAAAGUGCAUUCGAUCGUUCUCUUACUUCAAUUCGUGAAACAUUAGCUGAUAUUUUCCAUUCCAGUCAAGUUUCUUUUGCAGUUGUUUUAUUCCAAACAAGAGAAGCUGCAAUUGACUCAAUAUUCGAGGGUUUCCCUUGGAAGAAUGGAUUCAGCCUUACCGUGCUGCCAAACUUCCACGUUGACAUUUCCUCUGCAGUAAAAUUCCCAACAAUUUAUAACGCGGCAAUUCAUGACACAAUUGAAAAAUCCAUUCAGAAAUCCUUGUACUGCUUUGAAUACGAUAAAGAGACAACAGAAACAAUGAUAAAUCUUAGAAAAUCCUCUUCUGGAACAAGAUAUUUCUUAUGUGAUGCAACAAAGAGAGGAACAUUCGAUCUCCCAGACUUGUCUCAGAUUCCUUUCGAUUUUACUUUGUUUAGUUUCAAGCAAAUUUGCGGAGCAGAUUUGACUGCUUGCUUAAUGCGUUUAGAAUCAGCAGAUAUGCUCGUCCCUCUAUUCUAUGGAGGUGGAGCAGUCUCAUUUUCAUGCAUUCGUGAGUUUUACCAUCAAAAUUUCAAAUCUCAUUCAAAGAGAUUUGAAAAUGGAACACCAUCAAUGCUUCCAAUAUUCAGUGCAGUUACUGGACUUGAUCUCCUACAGAAGAUGCAUAAGAUUGGAAACCUUGAUGAGCGUAUUAAGCAAAUUAUUGAGAAUUUCAAGAAUGUAGCCAACAGUUACUUCGAGAUUUCAGCAGAGAAUGAUUAUACAGUUAUUAUGAGCAGAGAAGGAUGGACAUCUACAGAACUUCAGUCAAAGUUUGUAGAAAAUGGCGUUUUCUUCGGAAUUCGUGAUAAUUCACUUGUUGCAAGCUUUGGAAUGGCAUCAAGAAUGCAGGAUGUUGAAGUUUUCCAUAAAACCGCUCAACUUUUAUUUAAUUAG